AUGAACCCCUGGUCCUCCCUGCACAUGGUAGAGCUCUCCAUGUUCGCCUUCAUAAGGCUCUUUGCUAUUUUCGCCUUCGGGUCCUGCGGCUCCUACAGCGGGGAGACAGGAGCAAUGGUUCGCUGCAACAACGAGGCCAAGGACGUGAGCUUCAUCAUUGUUUCAUUCGGCUAUCCCUUCAGGUUGAACCGGGUCCAGUAUGAGAUGCCCCUGUGUGACGACGACUCCACCUCGAAGACCUUGCACCUCAUGGGGGACUUCUCGGCCCCCGCUGAGUUCUUUGUGACCCUGGGCGUCUUUUCCUUCUUCUACACCAUGGCUGCCCUUGUGCUCUACCUGCGCUUCCACAACCUCUACGCGGACGACAAGCGCUUCCCGCUGGUGGACUUCUGUGUGACCGUCUCCUUCACCUUCUUCUGGCUGGUAGCUGCAGCUGCCUGGGGCAAGGGCUUGACCGAUGUCAAGGGGGCCACCCGGCCAUCCAGCCUGACCGCAGCUAUGUCCGUGUGUCACGGCGAGGAAGCCGUGUGCAGUGGCGGGGCGACACCCUCCAUGGGUCUGGUCAACAUCUCGGUGCUCUUCGGUUUUAUCAACUUCUUCCUGUGGGCUGGGAACUGUUGGUUUGUCUUCAAGGAGACCCCGUGGCAUGGGCAGAGCCAGGACCAGGGCCAGGGGCCCAGCCAGGAGAGUGCAGCUGAGCAGGGCGCCCUGGAGAAGCAGUAAGCAGCUCCCACCUGGACUUGGACGCCACCUCCUCAACCACCUCCCAGCACCUUCCUCUUCUUCCUCCCUGCUCUCCCCUCCUCCAUCACUCUGGGCUUUGAGAAGAUGGCCAGCAGUCGUCGGCCUGCGGGUGAUUUCCUGUCCCUCGUUUCUGUGGAGCCCUGGGUGGCAGGAGCUCCAUGCUGCUUGUCUGCCACCUGGCCUCAGACAUCUUACCUGGGGGGUCUCACUCAGCCUCAAGGCCGGCCUCUAUGGCAGGUGAGGGUGGGUGGACAGGAGGCCAGCGCCCCGAGAGAGACUGCUUCCUGACAGCUUCCGUCUUCCCACUCUGCCCAGCUUCAAUAAAAGGGAGGAGCGGACACUGGCUGGCAGCCUUCUCCCUGGUCCCUUGCACGGAGGCCCGACAGUGAUUUGGUGACCUCUCCUCCAUGGUUGUCGUCCA